AUGGUCGACGACGACGGUGAGGAUAAUGACAACGACAACAACAACAACAACAACAACAACAACAACAACAACAAAGGCGAGGAUACGCUUUUCAUCAAUGAUUUGGAUGGCGAUAACGCCGAAGAGUUAAAUGUCACGGACCUAGACUUGGAUGACCCCCUGGACAUAGACAAACUCAUGCAGCUGGACUUUGAAGCCAUGGACUACGAGACCAUAAAGUUAGUGUUCAAUGCGCUUAUUGAAUUGCUGCCUGAUAAGAAUCAAGAUGAGAAUUCUGUGGAGGAGAAAGAGGAAGAGGAGGAGGAGGAUGACUAG